AUGGCACCCCACGCAACCGACUCCAACGGUGACAGCCAACCCGUCAACGCUGGCGAGCGUCCUCACGAGCCCGGCGUCAAGAAGAACCUCGCCGCGCAAGGUGCCCUCAACUUCCCCCGCCCGCCGACUUUCGAAGACAAGUACGCGGAGCGAGAUUUCUUGAAGGGACGUCUGGCAGCGGCUUUCCGUAUCUUCGGCAAGUAUGGUUUUGAUGAGGGUGUGGCUGGCCAUAUCACGCUGCGGGACCCGGUGCAGCCGGAUUGCUUUUGGGUGAAUCCGUUUGGCGUGGCGUUUUCGAUGAUUAAUAAGAGUGAUUUGAUCCUCGUCAACCACUCCGGCGAAGUCAUCGACGGCGGCCCCGUCCGCCUCCUCAACCAAGCCGCCUACAUGAUCCACAGCGCCAUCCACCACGCCCGUCCAGACGUCAUCUGCGCCGCACACUCGCACAGCAUCUAUGGCCGGACCUGGUGCUCGCUAGGCCGUAAGAUCGAUACGUUGACGCAGGAUGCCUGUGCUUUCCACAACGAUCAUGUGGUGUACGAUAGCUUCAAUGGCGUAGUGUUGGCGGAGAAGGAAGGGAAGGAUAUCGCGGCGUGCUUGGGGGAUAAGAAGGCGGCGUUGUUGCAGAAUCAUGGGUUGUUGACUGUUGGGCAUACUGUUGAGGAGACUAUCUUCUGGUUCGUCUCGCUCGAGAAGUGCUGCCACAGCCAGCUCAUGGCCGAGGCCGCAGCGUCCUCGCGUGGUGAGCACCCGAUCAUCAUUGGCGAUGAAGAGGCGACCUACACGUCUCGCACUGUUGGCUCGCACCGGGCGGGAUGGUUCAGCGCGAAGCCGAUGUUUGACGUGAUUCACAAGGAGACGAAUGGCGACUAUCUGCAGUAA